CACUGAGCCUGGCUUGUGCAGGCGGCUGGGGUCCGGAUGCCCUGACUCCACCAACCUGUCUUUGGGGAGUCUGGGCCUGUGGGGGUGGACAGGCAUCUAGGCGAGGCCCGUCAGGGGGCCUUUCACAACAAGUCUCACAAAUAGGUGACACCAGCCUUGGAAGAGGGUCCCCAGAACACAGGAAAGCCAGCUCUGGGGGUGGCCAACCUCGGGGGGGGAUCUCCUAGGAGGCUGCACCAUGAAGAGGAAACAGCAUCAGGGCCCCGCAGCUGGCCAGUCCCUCUCGGUCCUGUGCUUGUCUCUGGCGUGCAUCUUAGGGGUCCCUGUGCCAGUGUCGCGUUGCUCUCCUGACCAGCCACAGACAUGACGGAGCGCCUGUCCGCUGAGCAGAUCAAGGAAUACAAGGGGGUCUUUGAGAUGUUUGAUGAGGAGGGCAAYGGGGAGGUGAAGACCGGAGAGCUGGAGAGGCUCAUGAGCCUGUUGGGCAUCAACCCCACCAAGAGCGAACUGGCCUCCAUGGCCAAGGACGUGGACAGAGACAACAAAGGCUUCUUCAACUGUGAUGGUUUCUUGGCGCUGAUGGGGAUUUACCAUGAGAAGGCCCAGAACCAGGAGGGAGAGCUGAGGGCAGCGUUCCGGGUCUUCGAUAAGGAGAGCAAGGGCUACAUCGACUGGGACACACUCAAGUACGUGCUCAUGAAUGCAGGGGAGCCCCUCAAUGAGGUGGAGGCUGAGCAGAUGAUGAAAGAGGCAGACAAGGAUGGAGACGGAACCAUCGACUAUGAGGAGUUCGUGGCCAUGAUGACCGGAGAGUCCUUCAAGCUGGUUCAGUAAGAGCAGCUGCUGUGGCUCUAGGAGGCCUGCCCAGGAGGCCAUGGCCUGCCACUGCCUGCCCUGCCCCUCACUGUGUCAAAUAAAUGCUGCAAUC